UGGAGUUGUCUCACAUUGUGCACCAUAUUUUGUUCAAGGAAACGCCGAGUAAUCUUUCUGCAAUGUCACUAGUUGUCGGAUGGUUGUUUGAGAGCAUUGUACUUCGCGCUUAUGAUGCUAUUCGUAACUUUGUGUCAAAUGAGAGUUAAGAUUGGAGUUUAAUAACUAACCAUCUCUGUCAUCGAGGAUAAUUUGUAUUGAGUGAAAACGGAGGUUAUGUCGUAGCUUCAUUAUAUUUGAUAGAUUUCAUAUUCUGCCAUUUAACACAGGACAUUUGAGGUAACAUGAACAAUCUUCCAAGUGCUCAACUGGGCACCGCUUCCGGUUGGAAGCAGACCUAUGCAGAACUCAGCGCCUGCAAUGAUAAAGCGGACAAACUUCUGGAUGAGGCAGUCACCUUAGAAGGUCAGAAUGAGCAUAGUUCGGCCCUUGCUAAGUAUUCCGAAUGUUUGACUGUCAUUGAGCAUGCUCUCUCCUUACCUAUUGUGUGCCCACCUGAUCCCAACCUUUCUUGGGAACGUGGUUGUAUCAUUGUGCAAAAACUUAAGAAGGACAAGAAUGAGAUCAAGAGUAAGGUGACUUUUCUACAAGGGAACGACAAGGACCAGGCAGGUUCUUCAUCAAGUCCAGCACAACCUCCAAGCUAUGAUGAAGCCAUGGGCAUAUCCAAGUCAGGCGAGGCUGGUGUGGUUCAAGGUGUUGAGCCAGCCCUUCGGACAUAUCGAGAACUUGGCGAGGCUCUAAACACUUUAAAGCAAGCAUACAGAGCCAUUAUAGGAAGUUUUAUUGCAAGUGCAGGCCAGAAUAGAAUCCAGGUGAAUGAAGCUUCUGGAGAUGCAGAAGUUAUAUUUGCUUAUGACAAUGUUCGUCUGUACUUUAUUUCUCCUGAUGGUUCUGUCUCAUCAUCUUCUGAACCAGAAAGGAUGCAAAUUAUUCAAUUUACUGAGGACAAUGUGGAAAACCGCCCCCCUGCUUACCUUCAAGUUGGUACUUGGAUUUAUCCAUUAGUACCGGGAGUAUCACCUUGCUUUCGCACAAGCUAUCGAGCAUUCAUUCUUCCUGACAUUCACUCUGACAUUGAAGGAUCGGCAGUUGGACUGAUUCUUCCUGAAGAUGCUGAUGAGUCAGUCUUUGAGCUUUUAGAAAUCAUUCUUGAUGGGAUCAUUCUUCAACUUGAACCAGAGGAGAAAGGUCUUCUUCGAUCCCGUCGAGAAGUUGCAAUGGCUCACUCAGUUGUCAGGGGUGCCCGUUGGGUGAGUAGCAGACUUAUCAGUGGUGCAGAACGGGCUGGUGAUCUCAUGAACAGAAGCACUCCCAAAAUUCUUCAGCAUAUUGAGCGAGAACAGCCUAAAGAAUUCAGUCCUAAUGUCGCAAAAAGUUUUGAAGUUGCCAAGAGUGUUUCAGGCAAAGCUGUUCAAGUGACCGGCUAUGUUGCUGGCAAGGUUGGUCUAGCAACAUCAGCACUAGGACGCUUUCUUGCUCCUCACAUACAAAAGCAAGGGACACGUCUUCUCACUAACACAUUUAAAAUGGAUGAAGAAGCGGCCAAGAGUAAAAUGGAUAAUGUUUUAGAAGUCACUGCUGGAGCAGUUGAAGCUUUUGGCACAGUGUAUGGAGCACUUGAUCACUCUGCUCACAUUCUAGCUGGAAGUCUAGCUAGUAAUACUGUAACAUUGGUAAAACACAAGUAUGGAGCUCAGGCUGGACAAGUAGCAGGAAACACCUUUGAUACAGUUGGUAAUGUGUUUGUUGCUAGUCAUGCCAUCAAACGAUUAAAUCCCAAGUAUAUUGCAAAAACAGCAGUGAAGGAAGCAGGUAAAGCUGUCAUUGAUGAUCAACGGAAACAUCUUUUAGAUGAUUCAAAUACUGCCCUGAUUGCAAAGGAGAGCAUGCAUCUUGGAAAGUCAGAUUGAAAUUUGUGUUCCUUUUUGUUGAUGAAUGAUCUCUCAACUAUUCAAUUGGUAAUUAUGUCAUGUGGGAAUUUGAAAACUGAGUCAUUAAUCUAUUGUGUCAUUACUACUUUUGGAGCCAUGACCUAUGUAUAUUAAAUUACAAUCUAAUCUUAUCUACAAAAUUGAAGUGUGCUUUGAAUAGGCCAAAGGUUAGCUUUUGCUGUGUGUUUUAAAUAUUACAGCUCGUCAUUUAUUUUAAGAACACAUGCAAAAGAUCAAUGAGAUUGAGGCAAAUGCUAUUUAAUUGAAUCAAACAAAUUAUAUUUGUAUAUUUCAUCCCCAGAUUAUUUUUUUGAUAUUUUUUUUUUUUUUGUGAUUUCCUUUCUAUUCAUCACUAGUCUUUUAGUUUUAAUUUAAAUUCCUAAGUUGCAAAACUAUGAUAUUGAUUCUCCAUCUAGCUAUGUCCUACUAAUAUGAGAGUUUUAAGUCUGAAGGUUUUGAUUUAGAUUGCCUUCUGUAAUUUUCUUCUUUUUUAAAUUUUUUUUUCUUCUUUCAAUCUUUAAGCCACCUAUCACUAAGCUUAGAUGGGGAGUGACAUGUAGUAAUCCAUCUAUCUACUCACUCUGCAUAAACUUUAUUUUGCUCACAUUUUCGUUCCAUAUCCUUCAAUGACAUUGAAUCAAUCCUUUGUGCUUUUUUCUCUUCGUUCUAUUACUCAUAUAGUUUUCUAGAAAUUUGUUGGUAUGUUGGAAGAGCAUUUUAUUCAUGUUGAAAAUGCCUAUCAUUUUCCCCUUUACAUUUAUUUUGUAUCUAUUUGUUUUCAUUUAAUAAAAUUUAUCAAGACCGUUGAA